AGCGAAGCCUUGUGUGGAUCGUAGGUGAUUGGUCCAGACGUCAGAAAGCAACACCCGCAGUUUGAUGGCCAAAACCCUCCACAUAUUAAGGACAACUUGUCUGUUUAUCACAGGAGCAUCUGCCACAGUGGUCGUCGCUCAACAGCUUCCGCAGUGCCAAUCACUCCCGACUGGAGGCUGUCAGCAUCAUUAUGGACGUUGUUUCCCACGCAGUCCACAGAAAAUAGCCUCGCACACAAAUCCCAGAAUAUCCUUCCUACUCCGCACCGCUCUUCUUACACGAUCAUACCGCGGGAUCUCUUCUCUCGAUCGACGCGUCCACAUCACUUCAACGGAGACCGCUGUGAAACAGACAAUCGCCCAGCAUGUCGCAGUAUCCGCCUCAGCCAGGUGCGCCUGGACAGGAUGGGUAUGGUCAGCAGUCACCCAUGGACGCACCCUACGAGAACUAUGAAACCAAUGCACCACCUGGAGUCCCUCCUGGUCCUCCUCAAGGACCAGCUCACGGAGGCAGAAAAAAGCGUGCAUAUGCUGGACAAGCGUACGAAUUCGGGGCUGGUGCCAAUGCAGCUCUUGGAGGUCAGCAACAAGCCGGUGGUGCUCCUGAGGCUGGUGGUGCAUAUCCUGGCUAUUCUACACAGCAAGAUGCAGCCGGCUACCCACAAGGUGGUUACCAGCAAAACCCUGUUGCAGCACAACAGAGCGCCACGCCAAUGUAUCCAGGCCAGGAACCUGCCGGAUAUCAGCCUCCAGCCCCUGGGUAUCCUGCACCAGGUGUUGCCGGCGUGACGCAACAGUUCAAUCAGAUGGAUAUGUCUCAGAAACACCCAGUGGCCGCAGCGCCCCAGCAACAGCAGCAGCGUGCUCCGGUGUUGAAUCAGUUGUAUCCCACGGACCUCUCUAAUCAACCUUUCAAUGUUGCGGAGCUCGACUACCCGCCUCCACCAGCAAUUCUCCCUGCAAACACAAGCGUGACUCCGUCACCAUUUGCCAAUUGCCCCCCGAAGUACGUCCGAUCGACUCUGAACGCGAUCCCGACGACGCAUUCUCUCCUCAAAAAGUCAAAGCUACCGUUCGCCCUUGUCAUCCAGCCAUAUACCUCAUUGCAUGAUGUGGAAGACCCUGUGCCAGUUGUACCUGAUCAGGUCAUCUCGCGUUGCAGAAGGUGUCGGUCAUAUAUCAACCCAUUUGUCACAUUUUUGGAUCACGGCCAUCGAUGGAGGUGUAACAUGUGCAACCUGACGAAUGAUGUUCCGCAAGCAUUUGACUGGGAUGCAGCUUCUCAGAAAAGCCUUGAUAGGUGGCAGAGACCGGACUUGAAUCAUGCCGUGGUCGAGUUUAUUGCUCCUCAGGAAUAUAUGGUUCGACCUCCACAGCCGUUGGUGUACCUUUUCUUGUUGGACGUGAGUUACGCGGCAGUCACCAGUGGGCUCCUGGCUACAACGGCAAGGUGUCUUCGAGAAAGCUUGGAUCGGAUCCCGAAUGCAGACCGACGUACCAGACUUGGCUUUAUAGCUGUGGACUCGAGCCUACAUUUCUUCAAUAUUCCUCGAGACGGUACUGACAAUGCCCAGACAAGUAUGCUUGUUGUGAGCGAUCUGGAGGAAGCGUUCUUACCUACGCCUGCCGAUUUGCUCGUUACCAUGUCCGAGUGCCGUGAGAAUAUCGAGACCUUUCUGGAUAAGCUACAAGAAAUGUUUCAAAACACUCAAAAUGGGGCUUCCGCAAUGGGUUCUGCUCUCCGAGCAGGUCACAAGCUCAUCGGACCCGUUGGUGGCAAAAUGACUGUCGUGACAGCCUCUCUUCCCAACAUCGGACACGGUAAACUGGAGAUGCGCGAAGACAAAAAGUUGUUGGGCACCUCAAAGGAAAGCAGCCUACUACAAACGAGCAACGGCUUUUACAAAAGCUUUGCGGUAGAGUGCUCGAAGCAACAGAUCUCUGUGGAUAUGUUCUUGUUUUCAUCUCAGUAUCAAGAUGUGGCGUCUCUCAGCAACCUCCCUAGAUACACUGGCGGGCAAACAUACUUCUAUCCUGGUUGGAAUGCUGCACGGGAAGAUGAUGCAAUGAAGUUCGCCAAAGAGUUCUCCGACUAUCUGUCUGCCGAAAUCGGCCUCGAGGCUGUUUUGCGUGUCAGAGCAACAACUGGAUUGAGAAUGAGCACAUUCUACGGCAACUUCUUCAACCGCAGCUCCGAUCUGUGCGCCUUCCCAGCGUUCCCACGAGACCAAAGCUAUGUGGUCGAAGUGGCAAUCGACGAAACAAUCACCAAGCCAGUCGUGUGCAUGCAAACUGCAGUGUUGCAUACAACGUGCAAUGGCGAACGACGGAUCAGAGUCAUGACUUUGGCGUUGCCAACUACGCAGGCACUGUCAGAUGUCUACGCAUCGGCAGAUCAGCAGGCCAUUACAACCUACUUCAGCCACAAAGCCGUUGAACGUGUUCUCAGUGGUGGCCUCGAUAGUGCCCGUGAUAUGAUUCAGAGUAAAUUGGUCGAACUGCUUACCACUUACAAGAAAGAACUUGCUGGUGGCAGUAUGGGUGGAGGUGGAUUACAAUUCCCUGCCAAUCUUCGAGGACUGCCUGUUCUCUUCUUGGCCUUGACGAAGAACUUGGGUCUGAGGCGCUCUUCGCAAAUUCCCAGUGAUAUGAGAUCCGCCGCUCUAUGCCUACUCUCGACCUUACCUCUGCCACUGUUGAUUCAGUACAUCUAUCCCAAGAUGUACUCGCUGCAUGACAUGCCGGACGACGCUGGGAUUGUGGACGACAAGACCGGCGAAAUCAUUCUACCACCUCCAAUCAAUUUGUCAUCCGAGCGAGUCGUGCCCUACGGACUUUACCUCAUCGAUGACGGUCAGACACAAUUCCUCUGGGUCGGACGAGACGCGGUACCACAGCUGGUUAUGGAUGUCUUUGGCAUGCCCGAUAAAAGCCAGCUAAAGGUUGGCAAACAACGAUUGCCAGAGUUGGACAACGACUUCAGCGAACGGAUCAGAGCGGUGAUCUCGAAGAGCCGCGAUCACAAGGCGAAGGGCGCCGGAAGUAUUGUAGUACCUCAUCUCUACGUGGUGAAGGAGGAUGGCGAACCAGGAUUGAGGCUCUGGGCACAGACGAUGCUCGUGGAAGACCGGGCGGAUCAAGGUGUUAGUCUUCAGCAGUGGAUGGGAACCUUGCGCGAGAAGGUCAUGCAAUAGGUUUGACGAGCGCUAGAAGAAUUCAUAGAUCGAAAAUCCAGAAACGAACAGCCUCCUAAGCGUGACCCAUCC